AUGUUGGUCACAAUUAUGUUCGGUAUCACGGCGGGUCUCUGCGUCAUUCCGAUGGCAUCGGAACCAUUUCGAGAUUGGGUGUACAAUAACUUUUGGGUCUACUUUAUUGCAAUCGUCGUCUUCCUAGUCGUCUCAAUCGCUCUCUCGUGUUGUGCUAACCUGCGGCGCCAGUUUCCGAUCAAUAUAAUUUUGCUGACAAUCUUUACAAUCUCCGCGGCAGUCAUGACAAUGUUCAUCACGGCGUGCUACAAUGUGCAGUCCGUCCUUAUUUGUCUCUGUAUCACCACCGUGUGCAGCGGUUCCGUCAUCAUUUUCGCAAUGAAGUCUAAAAGUGAUUUGACAAGUAAAAUCGGAAUCGCUUUCAUGCUUUCAAUGGUCCUUUUCUCGUUUGGAAUGUUCGCACUCAUCUUUACAUUGAUUUUCAAAUGGUACUUUUUGUAUUCGGUGUAUUCCGGCUUGGCGGCACUGUUGAUGAUGUUCUACUUGGCUAUUGAUGUACAGCUCCUAAUGGGUGGCCGUAAGUACGAACUCUCGCCGGAGGACUACAUUUUCGCUGCAAUGGAAAUCUUUUUGGACAUUUUGAAUAUCUUCCUGAUGCUUCUCAACAUUUUCGGAAGAGGUCGUUAG